GAGUUGUGUUCUGUUCCUUUGUCAAUGAAAGGAGUUCUGUUCUGUUCUCAACUCCCACAACGACAGGAGUUGUGUUCUGUUCCUUUGUCAAUGAAAGGAGUUCUGUUCUGUUCUCAACUCCCACAACGACAGGAGUUCUGUUCUGUUCCAUUGUCAACGAAAGGAGUUCUGUUCUGUUCUCAACUCCACAACGACAGGAGUUCUGUUCUGUUCCUUUGUCAAUGAAAGGAGUUCUGUUCUGUUCUCAAGUUCCACAAUGAGGAGUCCAUCAUUAUUCUCAAUGUCUGAUGACUGGUGUAACAAAAUAAGAUGAUAUGAGUAAUGACAUUAGGAAGGUAAUGCAGAGGGCUGCAGCACUGGAAAGCUAUGAAUCACAGGAGGCUUGUGAGGGGAGGAUGGCUCAUAAUAAUGGCUGGAAUGAAGGGAAUUGUAUCAACCACAUGGAAAAAAUGAGUUUGAUACUAUUCCAUUUAUUCCGUUCUAGCCAUAUGAGCCCGCCCUCCCCAAUUUAGGUGCAACCAGCCACCUGUGCUAUGAAUAUGAUGUGGCAUGUGUGUCUAUGUUCUUUCUUAAGGACAUCAUCGUUGUGACAAUAUGAACAAUGAUGAUAUCAUACAUUUAAAGCACUUUGAGAUGAUUUAUGUUAUGAAAAGCACAAUAAAAGUUCAAUAAAUUAUUUUUAUAAUUACUAUCAUAAUCAUGGACAUGGUGAAUGCAUUGCAGUUGACAACAGGGAUCUUUAAAAAAAAAGAGAGACAUGGUUUAACUGUCAGAGAUUUGUCUCGUAGAAGAAAGGCUCUGUCGAAAUGUUGACAAUAAAGGCUACUUAAUACUCUGUUCUCAUGUGUUGGUUUCUCUUGUCCGACCAAAUAAACUACCUGAUGGAAGGAAGGUGAGUACAUCCCCUAUGGCACCCUAUUUCCUAUAUAGUGUACUACUACCCAUAGGGCUCUGGACAAAAAUAAGGCACUAUAUAGGGAAUAGGGUGCCAUUUGGAACACAGUAAGUGCUUGUGGUGAGGGAAAACGAUGAAGAGGCAGGCAGGCCGUAUAAGACCUCAUUUCUAUUUUUAGACGUUGCCAAGCCUGCCAGAUCUUACAAUGACUACAUAGGUAAUUUAAGUAUCAGCUAACCACAUAUGUUAUAGCAAUUUGUCAGUCGUUGACGUGGCUUGCAACCAGUGGUUGUUGACUCGCCUCGACAGCUGUGGAGCGCACCCUAGGUCUGUCAGACCUCUCUAUCUGCUUGGUAUUGUUAGGUCAUAACAAACCAGACCACCCAUAACUAAUGCCGCGUUCAAGCGCUAGUUGAAACUAGGAAACUCUGACAUUUCAGACUUGCUAACAAAUAGUUAUUAGUUAAACACGUGCCGCGUUAAACUAAUCAGCAAGUCGGACUUUUCUGAGUUUCCUAGUUCCGUGAACGCGGCAACAUUCAGCUGGUUUUAAAGUUUUACCCUUAUAUAACUAGGCAAGUCAAGAACAAAUUCUUAUUUUCAAUGACGGCCUAGAAACAGUGGGUUAACUGCCUGUUCAGGGGCAGAACGACAGAUGUGUACCUUGUCAGCUCAGGUGUUUGAACUUGCAACCUUCCGGUCCAACGCUCUAACCACUAGGCUACCCUGCCGCCCCAAGGGUGCAUUCAUUACACAGAUGAUUACCGUUUACGCCAAAUGAAAUAAAAAAAACGCAAACAAGAGUUUCUAUUGGACAAAUUCUGGUAGGUCCCUCCCUGUUUCGUUCCGUAUGUUCACUAAAUGGUAAACGGUUUCCGUAAUGAAUACACCCCGGCCUCAAGCCUCAUGUCCACCAGAUUGCUUUCCAGCGGAAGUCAUUCAUUGUCAAUGGAGCAGUCCGCAACAAUGAGUUGGGAUGCUGCGGUGCGUUCUAUGUACCGCAUGCGUUCAAUCUUUUCAACUCCUGCAUUGCUUUACCGUGCAGUGGUACAAACAGAAGUUCAUAAACAGUCAAGCCAGUUCGCUAGCUAUGUAACUACAAAGCGAACCACUUUGUUAGAUACACUACAUUACCAAAAGUAUGUGGACACCUGCUCGUCGAACAUCUCAUUCCAAAAUCAUGGGCAUUAAUAUAGAGUUGGUCCCUCCUUUGCUGAUAUAAGAGACUAUACACUCUUAUGGGAAGGCUUUCCAAUAGAUGUUGGAACAUUCCUGUGGGGACUUGCUUCCAUUCAGCCACAAGAGCAUAAGAGGUUGGGGACUGAUGUUGGGCGAUUAGGCUUGGCUCACAGUCUGCGUUCCAAUCAAUCUUUACAGUUGGCACUAUGCAUGGGGGCAGGUAGCGUUCUCCUGGUGUCCGCCGAACCCAAAUUCAUCCGUCGGACUGCCAGAUGGUCACAAUAACAGCACUUACAGUUGACUUGUUGGAAAGGUAGCAUCCUAUGACGGUGCCACGUUGAAAGUCACUGAGCUCUUCAGUAAGGCUAUUCUACUGCCAAUGUUUGUCUAUGGCGAUUGCAAGGCGGUGUGCUCGAUUUUAUACACCGGUCAUUAACAGGUGUGGCUGAAGUGGAAGGGGUGUCCACAUACUUUUGUAUAUAUAGUGUAUAUCCAAAUUGGACAUUAAUAACCACAUUCAGGGCCUGUUACAAUGUAUACAUCAUGACGGAUUUGAGGAAUAUCCACUUUGUUUGAUCAGAUUUGUUGAAUGUGCGCAAAUCCGGCGUCCUUAUUCUAUCCCCAACCCUCUGUGCUCCAUCUUCGCCACAUCUAUAGAACAUACAUGCUUUUCUGUGAUGCAAAGUGUCAGCUAUAUACAGUUGAAGUUUAUAUGCACUUAGGUUGGAGUCAUUAAAACAAAUUUCUUGUUAUUAACAAACUAUAGUUUUGGCAAGUUGGUUAGGACAUCUACUUUGUGCAUGACACAAGUCAUUUUUCCAACAAUUGUUUACAGACAGAUUAUUUCACUUAUAAUUCACUGUAUCACAAUUUCAGUGGGUCAGAAGUUUACAUACACAAAGUUGACUGUGCCUUUAAACAGCUUGGACUAUUCCAGAAAAUUAUGUCAUGGUUUUAGAAGCUUCUGAUAGGCUAAUUGACAUAAUUUGAGUCAAUUGGAGGUGUAUCUGUGGAUGUAUUUCAAGUCCUACCUUCAAACGCAGUGCCUCUUUGCCUGAUAUCAUGGGAGAAUCUAAAGAAAUCAGCCAAGACCUCAGAAAAACAAUUGUAGACCUCCACAAGUCUGCUUCAUCCUUGGGAGCAAUUUCCAAACACCUGAAGAUACCACGUUCAUCUGUACAAACAAUAGUACACAAGUAUAAACACCAUGGGACUACGCAGCCGUCAUACUGCUCAGGAAGGAGACGCGUUCUGUCUCCUAGAGAUGAACGUACUUUGGUGCGAAAGGUGCAAAUCAAUCCCAGAACAACAGCAAAGGACCUUGUGAAGAUGCUGGAGGAAACAGGUACAAAGUAUCCACAGUAAAACCAGUCCUAUAUCGACACAACCUGAAAGGCCGCUCAGCAAGUAAAAAAGGCCACUGCUCCAAAACCACCAUAAAAAAAGCCAGACUACGGUUUGUAACUGCACACGGGGACAAAGAUUGUACUUUUUGGAGAAAUGUCCUCUGGUCUGAUAAAACAAAAAUAGACCUGUUUGGCCAUAAUGAUCAUCGUUAUGUUUGGAGGAAAAGGGGGGAGGUUUGCAAGCCGAGGAACCAUCCCUACCGUGAAGCACGGGGGUGGCAGCAUCAUGUUGUGCUGGUGCUUUGCUGCAGGAGGGACUGGUGCACUUCACCAGUCACGGUAUUGGAGUGGCCAUCACAAAGCCCCGACCUCAAUCCUAUAGAAAAGUUUUGGGCAGAACUGAAAGUGUGUGUGAGCAAGAAGGCCUACAAACCUGACUCAGUUACACCAGCUCUUUCAGGAGGAAUGGGCCAAAAUUCACCCAACUUAUUGUGGGAAGCUUGUGGAAGGCUACCCAAAAUGUUUGACACAAGUUAAACAAUUUCAAAGCAAUGCUACCAAAUACUAAUUGAGUGCAUGUAAACUUCUGACCCACUGGGGAUGUGAUGAAAGAAAUAAAAGCUGAAAGAAAUAAUUCUCUCUACUAUUAUUCUGACAUUUCACAUUCUUAAAAUAAAGUGGUGAUCCUAAUUGACCGAAGGCAGGGAAUUUUUACUCUGAUUAAUUGUCAGGAAUUGUGAAAAACGGAGUUUAAAUGUAUUUGCCUAAGGUGUAUGUACACUUCUGACUUCAUCUGUACAAUACAUUUCUAUCUCGAACUUUAUAGAAUGCUCAAUUUAAAAUAUGACGUAGAACAGAUAUACUUUUCAUUCAGUGCAAUCUUUUCAGGUCUAUACAAUACAUGUAUAUCUGUCAGUUGUGGCCUCCUUUCCUGGAGCCAGGUACGCAGCUAGCUGAGUGUGCGGUGUGUGGGAGGGGCUGUGGAGAAUAAAAAAACAAAAGCCACCCAACCCACAGUGGCUCCUCCUUUACCUGUGGGCGGCCAAUUCUUUGCUCUUAUCACCGUCGUCAACAUGCAUUGAGGAAGAAGAAAGAAGACGUCAACCAUGUGCCAAUCUCGUUGAGCGUCAUGAGCCGGACUUGAUACAAAGAAACAUGAGCCCAGCUCUGAUGCAAUCCUGUACAGCCCUUUCUGGAAGGCUGUAUAGAAGACCCUGUUGUCUAUUCAUCCUGGUGGCAGUGGCUGUUUCCGUGACCUACACCACCUUCGCCUUGAAUUGGUGGAACGACCCACAGCGACCCUCGGUAAUCAGUCACACUGGGAAGAUUGAUGAUCAGGUGAACCCGCGUGUCUUGACCAAUCGGAAUGGUGUCCAAUGGGAGGAUCCCGGGCUGUACCACGUGGCAUACCCGCGGGGAUACAAAUUCCUAAUGGAUGAGCCGGAGAAGUGUCGGACCGGGAAUCAGGCCCCGUUCCUGGUGCUGAUGGCCCCCGUGGCGCCUGGUAACCUGGCCUCCCGGGACGCCAUCCGCAGGACGUGGGGUAAUGAGACCCUGGUGCAGGGGAAGAAGGUACAGACGCUAUUCAUGCUAGGACUUCCUGGAGGACCAGGUGCCCAGGAGCUGCAGGAGAAGGUGAACCAGGAGAGCCGGGCACACCACGACCUCCUCCAGAGCGACUUCAAGGACACCUACCAUAACCUGACCAUCAAGACCAUGGUGAUCCUCGAGUGGCUCAUCUCGCGGUGCCCUGAGGCCUCCUACGCCAUGAAGAUAGACUCAGACGUGUUCCUCAACGUCCAGAACCUUGUCUCCAUGCUGGUCAACCCUGACACUCCCAAACAGAACUACAUGACCGGUCUAGUCUGGUGGCACAGCCCGGUGCUGAGAAACCCCAACAAGAAGUUCUUCCUGCCUUAUGAGGUGAUGGCUGAGUCGGAGUAUCCUCCGUACCCUCUGGGGUUUGGCUACAUCAUGUCCAUGGACCUCCCCAAGAAGAUCAUGGGGGUCACUCCACAGAUUAAGCCCAUCUACAUCGAGGAUGCCUACCUGGGGAUGUGUCUGAAGCAACUGGGUAUCUCCCCCACCAAUCCUCCCAGCAAGUCUCUCUUCGACGUCAACCCCAUCUACAGCUACGGACGCUGCAAACUGUCCACCGUGGUUGCCGUGACGACGACCAAAGUGAGCCAGCUGCUGAGGUACUGGCAGGACUACACAAGGCCCGGCCCGCCGUGCUGAGAGGGUAAUCACCACAGCAACCAUUGCUUCUUCCUGUUUUGAAAACGGAAUUCAUGAAGACACUUCCUGUAUGUUUCCCUUCCUGGAAAUGUUGAAUUGGAACUUUGGGUAAGAGACAUUGGCUCUUGCAUAAGAGACAUCUGUUCACUCUUGUUGGGAGAUCCAUAGGUUGUUUGGUAUUUUGCUAAUGUAUACCUCAAACCCCUCCCUUUACAUUGACUGUGGUGCAGUGAAGGUGGAUAGGCCCAAUGAGCCAUCUCCAAAACCUGUCUCAAUACCUUUCAACUGUCACAUGCUGCAACAAAAAGAGCCCAAGCUGCAUAUUUGUGUAAUACCUUAGAGCCUUAAGACUGGAUCCUAUCAGAUCUGCGCUAGGCGACACCCGCAUAGUGGUUGUAUUGGUGGUGUCUGAGGUGGUACUGUCAAAUCCACAAGUGGCUCCCGGCAUUAUACCUAAAGUGGACAUUGCCAUUGGCGGACAUAUAUUGUGUUAUUUUAUGGUUGGUUAUGACCCCUACAUCAACCUACCACACAAGGCAAUAGCCUACGUGUCAACAGUAUGUUUAUGUUAUAUAGUACCGUUGAGAAAUUUGGAGUUACUUAGAGAUGUCCUUGUUUUGGCUAAAAAAAACACUUUUUGUCCAUUAAAAUAACAUCAAAUUGAUCAGAAAUACAGUGAAGACAUUGUUGUAAAUGACUCAUGUAGCUGGAAAUGGAUGAUUUGUAAUGGAAUAUCUACAUAGGCAUACAGAGGCCCAUUAUCACAGGGAUGCAAACUAGUCACCUUCUGGCAAAAUUUGCCGUUUUGAAUCCAAAAUAGGUGACCUACGUGAUUUGUGUAGAUCCGAUGAGAGGUGUGUGUGGGGUUGGAUCACUACUGGCUGUAAGCGAGCGAGUGAUGCGCGUUUGGCGAAAUACUGGCUGUAUCCAAGGCUCAGCCAAUCGUUUACGUAACAACAGAAUGCAGCGCAGCAAGUGACUGAAGAGACAACCAAUUUGCUAGUUACAGCCAGUGUUGCCAACUUAGCGACUUCGUUGCUAAAUUUAGUGAGUAUUCCAGACCCCUCAAGCAACACGAUUUCAAAAAAAUCGACUAGCGACAAAACUAGCGACUUUUUCUGGUGUUAUUGGAGACUUUUGGAGACUGACGUGAAAGCACAUCAUUCUUACUCUUCUCAACGGCCCCACCCUUGUCCCAGAGCACUCACAGACGGCCCAGUCCUCGCGCAGCAGUCCCUCCCAGCUGCAGUCACAGCAGGAGAUGUUCACCCCUCCCUGUCCAGACUGCAAAUGAACAGCGCAUGUGGGAAGCCGCCGCUGGCUGAUCCCGCCCUGGUUUACAUUCAGGGAGGGAUGUAAAAUGUUCUGUCUAAAAUAAAUCACUGCACAAAAAUAAAUCACUGCAUUUGACUCACACGGCCUCAGUCACUUACUCACCUUGUCCGCAGUGUGUGUGCUGCCGCUCUGUGACAUAAGCUAAACAUCUAGCUGGCUAGCUCAUGUCUGUCUAAACUGUACACUCAAAAAUACAGAAAGGAGUGGGAAUCAACCCCGGAAUUCAAAGGCUGGUUGAAGCCGUUUAUUGGAGAUGAUACACAGGCAUACUGCCUGUAUUGUCAGGAUGAUUUCUACGCCAAACUUAGUGAUGUGAAAGAACACAUGACAACUCAAAAACAUACUCAAAAGGCAAAGUUCCACCCAAAACAAGCUGACAUUUAUGGUAAAAAAAAUGGCAUUAGCUAUCGCUGGACACUGUUCCAUGCUGGCAUGUGAUCACAUUGGAGAAGCAUGUCGAGCUGCUUUGUUACCCACUUCAAAAUGCACAGAAAUGAUUCAUGGUGUUCCAGCAGAUGUGGGUGACCAGAUGUGGGUGACCAGCGUUUCAGCCUCCUGAGUCCAUGGAUGUAAGUGUCUCUAAGUACCUGGGGGUUGUGAGAAGGUACUUUAGUGACACCAAGCAGGCAGUUGUAUCAACAUUUCUGGGGCUUGUUGAGUUGGAGGGAGGAGAUGCCAAAUCUAUAGCCUGUGCUGUUGUGGCUUUCCUCAGUGUUCUCUUAAAGAGAAACUCCUGGGCAUAGGGACUGACAAUGCCUCUGUUAUGACGGGGAUUAACAAUGGGGUCCAUAACGUGCUGAAGGAGGAGUAUGGCCUCAAAUAUCUGGUUCUUAUUCACUGUGUGUGCCACUCUGCAGCUUGCUGUAAGACAGGCUUCCAAUGACACCGUCCCCCGUAGUGUGGAGUACUUGGUACGAGAGACUUAUAACUGGUUUUCAGUGUCUCCAAAGCACAGGGAGGCCUACAAUGCCAUAUAUGAGACCGACUGUGGGGAGAAACUUUUACAGAUAACCAAGGUCUGUGCCACUCGUUGGCUCUCCAUUGAACCCGCUGUUUCACGCAUUUUGGACCAGUAGGAGGAGCUUAGGCUGCAUUUCACAGUCACCAAGUCCAGUGAACACUGCUACAUGGCUGAAGGUUUAUAUUCCAUGUACAGUGAUCCUUACAAUAUGUUUUAUCUUGACUUUUUUGAAGUCAGUGCUGGGUGAGUGAUAAGAGAAUUAUGUUCUCAAGGUACAUAACCCAAUUGAAUUAUAUUACUCUGGCUGCAAACCAGAAUUUGUAAGAUCCUGGUCGAAUGAAACAGACGGAGGCCCAGCUAAAGUAGUUAAAUGUUUAUUCACGGAACGUUCUAAAGUAUAGAAUACAAUUUUAUACUGACUUCUCACACAUACGCACACACAUACGUACACACAUAGGCACACACAUGUCCUGCUACGCACACACUGUCUGUCUCACUACCCAGCCGACAGAGAUGGUGACCUUGUCAUUGAGACGUACUCCCCGUUCUCUCCCAAAUCUCUAGUCAGGUCGGCACCAAGCUCAGACAGUCUGUGUUUAAAAUACAAUAAAGACAUUGUUUUACCCUAAUUCUGACUAGGACUACACAUUUAUUGAUUGAUUUUUUAUACAUUCUAAUCAAUUCCAUACAAUUAUGUUUCAGGGCAGAAUAUUCUAUUCAUUCAAUUAACAGACAAUUCUCACAUAUCAGUGAGGUACAGUAGUGCUGGGUGAGAGCAAGUAGAUCCUCUUAAGCUACUUGACAGCUUGGUUAGCCUGAUCAAGUCUGUGACCAGCAGGGUGCUGAAUCCACUGGCAAAUGUUGAUGUCCUCAAAGGGCCAAUAGAUGGAUACAUCAGUCCCAAACCGUACCUUGGUUACCUUUAUGAGUUCAAAGGCAGCUGAGCUCCACCUUGUGCCUGAGGAUGAAAACAAUGUCAGAAAGUGGUGUGUAGACUUCACCAUCUCCCUCACUAAGGAGUUGAGGGUGAGACUGCCGGACAACAUCGAAGAAUAGCAGUACAUGUCAGUUUUCAAUGUGGAGGAAACUCUGAAGCACAAUAAGAGCCCUGGAGAAAUAGAAAACAUAGCCAAGCUCCUUGUCUACUCCCCUGCAGAGAUAGACAAGAUUGUCCAGCGGCAGGGUGGCCUAGUGGUUAGAGUGUUGGACUAGUAACCGGAAGGUUGCAAGUUCAAAACCCCGAGCUGACAAGGUACAAAUCUGUCGUUCUGCCCCUUAACCCACUGUUCCUAGGCCAUCAUUGAAAAUAAGAAUUUGUUCUUAACUGACUUGCCUGGUUAAAUAAAGGUAAUAAAAAAAAUGGUGUGCCAUCCAUCUUAGUAAAUGGAAGGAGACAAAAAACAAACAGUGUCUGGAGUGCGAUUUGGACGUUCAGGUAUGCAGCACUCCAGACACUGUUUGUUUUUUGUCUUCUUCCAUUUACUAAGAUGGAUGGCACACCAUUUUUUUAAUUGAUUUUUUUACCUUUAUUUAACCAGGCAAGCCCGUUUCAAGAACUUGCCAUGGCUGCUCUGUCUGUGAUGUCCUUGCCACAGUCGAAUGCUGAAGUUGAGAGUAUUCAGCCAGAUGAGGGUGGGGAAAAGCGAACUUAGAAAUCGGGUGUCCUUGCAGACCCUUAACUCCAUCCUGUACAUUCGAUAUGGACUGAAGCUGUCUGGUGAGGCUUGCUAUGAGCACCAGCUGCCUGAUAAUGUUUUGCACCUUUUUGGCUCAUCAGCUGCUUACUCAUUUAAGUCAGCUCCCUCAGUUGCUGAACCUGCCAUAGAGCCUUGACCAAAAAGACGAUGACCCACUCUUUCUGUGAGCCAGUACAGCCUGUGUGUGUGGAGGGGGGUCUGGAAAAAAAACAAUUAUCCUGAAUUAGAGCCAGACUAGUUACCAUCAUUUUCUCACAUUGAGAGAAUGAGGUGAAAAGGAGGCAUUGCUUGUUAAACAAGUACAUUCAGGGUGUGUAGCCGGGCCGGUCUUAAACUGGAUGUCCCUAUAGAGGUGAAAGGAACACCACACACGUUCCCUCUUUCUCACUUUGCUGGCACAUUGUAGAACAGAUGUCCACAGGCAGGAAGUGUAUAAUAUGUAGCCCAAGGCUAUUGUUUUUGUUGUGUUGAACUUGACAGUGAGUGUGUGAGGGGGGGGGGGUUCUAAUUUUUUUUUAACUCAGUGAAUGUUAUUUUUGUGCACGUGCACUUGAUUGUCUAAUAGUGUCCACUAUGAGCAAAAUUAUCAUUUGAUGUUUUAAGAUGUUUGUUUCUCUUCUUCCCAAGUGCAGUGUGUGUGUGUGGUCACAAGCGUUCUAUUAUAAAGGAUGACAUGGCUAACUGAAAUAUUACUGUAUUGUUUUUUUUCUCAAGACUUGAGUGCUUCUACACCUGCAUUGCUUGCUGUUUGGGGUUUUAGGCUGGGUUUCUGUACAGCACUUUGAGAUAUCAGCUGAUGUAAGAAGGGCUAUAUAAAUUUGAUUUGAGUGUCAUUUGCAGUAAACUCUAGGCAACAAAUAACAUUGGAUUGCUUUCUUUACAUGUUUUAGCUGUGAGUUAGGUUCACAUUAACCACUUUGUUUUACACACACAGACUGAUCACGUAGAUCAUAUUCUUUUGUUUAAUUAGUUAAAGCCUGAAUUUUCCCCUUAGUCACCUUUUUGGGCCCUCACCAGUUUUCAUCCCUGUAGACAUUGUUAAUGUUGUAAAUGACUAUUGUAGCUGGAAACGGCUGCUUUUUGAUGGAAUAUCUACAUAGGCGUACAGAGGCCAAUUAUCAGCAACCAUCACUCCUGUGUUCCAAUGGCAUGUUGUGUUAGCUAAUUCAAAUGUAUCAAUUUAAAAGGCUAAUUUAUCAUUAGAAAACCCUUCUGUAAUUAUGUUAGCACAGCUGAAAACUGUUGUUCUGAUUAAAGAAGCAAUUAAACUGUCCUUCUUUAGACGAGUUGAGUAUCUGGAGCAUCAGCAUUUGUAGGUUCGAUUACAGGCUCAAAAUGGACAGAAACAAAUCAGUCUAUUCUUGUUCUAAAAAAAUGAAUGCUAUUCCAUGCGAGAAAUUGUCAAGAAACUGAAGAUCUCAUUAGAGGUUGACCAAUUAUGAUUUUUCAACGCUGAUACCGAUUAAUCGGCCUAUUUAAAAAAAUAAAAAUUAAAAAAAAUACCCGCACUCGCCCUGAGGUGUGUGUCACCAGCACAGUACCACCAGUUCUAACACCACGCACCAGGCUUCCUGUGCGCCUCCAGAGCCCAGUACGCCCUGUUCCUCCUCCCCGGACUCGCCCUGAGGUGCGUGUCUCCAUACCACCAGUUCCGGCACCAGGCCUCCAGUGUCCCUCCAGGGUCCAGUACGCCCUGUUCCUCUUCCCCGCACUCGCCCUGAGGUGCGUGUCCCCAGCCCGGUACCACCAGUGCUGGCACAGCUCUCAGCAAGCUCUCAGCAAUUGAAUUCUCUAUAUCACAAUCAAUCUCCCCUGAGCAACAGAACACUGGUUUAAUAUUAAUGU